CUGCGCAGCCGCGGUGUAACCUCCGGCGUUCACGUGCGGAGAUGGCUGCCGAUCCUCUUCCUCCGGCUGCAAAGUUUCAGCCUGGAACUUUGAACCUCAAUAACGAGGUUGUGAAGCUGAGAAAGGAAGUGAAGCGAGUUCGAGUUUUGGUUAUCCGAAAACUUGUCAGGAGUGUUGGCAGACUGAAGUCCAAAAAGGGCACUGAAGAUGCACUGUUGAAAAAUCAGAGACGAGCCCAAAGGUUGCUUGAAGAAAUUCACGCCAUGAAGGAAUUAAAACCUGAUGUCAUAACUAAAUCUGCUCUUGGUGAUGAUAUCAACUUUGAAAAAACUUGCAAAAAGCCAGAUUCUACUGCAACUGAAAGAGCAAUUGCCAGAUUAGCAGUUCACCCUCUUCUAAAGAAAAAAGUAGAUGUGCUAAAAGCUGCUGUGCAAGCCUUCAAAGAUGCAAGGCAGAGUGCUCCUGAAGCUCAGUCAUCAAAGAAUACUUCAGACGAAAGCCAGUGUAGGGACACUCGGUGUUCAAAGGGUGAUGCAGGCGAGUCACAGCAUCAGGAGAGAACUGUUGGCAGGGAACAGAGAGCAAAAGGAGCUAAAACAGUAACAAAGAAAGCAGUAAGUGAUUCAAAAGAAAAAACGGCCGUGAUAGAGCAUGGACCCAAAGCAGUGGCCACGCCAUGUUCUCCAGGGAUGCCUUCAGGAAAGGAUGCCGUGGCUACCUCUGCACACCAGAAGGUGUCAUCCACUGACUCAAAACGGCAAGCCUCAACCAAAACCACAAAGACAGAGAGUGAAGGCACCCUUGGUGAGAGUAGUGGCAGCGAGGAAGAGGUGAGUGAGGGUGAGAAGGAGUACUUCGACGACAGCACUGAAGAAAGGUUCUACAAACAGUCUUCUGCGUCCGAGGACAGUGACAGUGGUGAUGACUUCUUCAUUGGAAAAGUCCGACGGACACGAAAGAAGGAAAAUAGUGUCCGGUCCUCAGCUAAGGAACAGAAACCCCUCCCAAAGGUCUCGCCCAAAGCUAAUACCCUUGAAACCCAUUGGGAUACACGAAAUGAUAAACACAAGCUGAUCCCAGAAGCCCGGAAGUUAGAAUCCGUGUUUUUCCACUCUUUAUCUGGACCUAAGAGCUCCAAAAGGGAUCCCAGAGAACAGGCCCCGAAGAGUAAAGCUCCAGAUUUUCCAGAAGAUGAACUUCCAGUCAAGAAUGAGUUUGCAAAGAGUGCACGCAGAGGGUUUGAGCGUGUGAGGCAGCAGGUGCAGGCUCCUCUGCACCCUUCUUGGGAAGCGAGCAGGAGACGGAAAGAGCAGCAGUCCAGAAUCGCCGUGUUUCAGGGGAAAAAAAUCACAUUUGAUGAUUGAUUGAUUGAUUGAUGCCUUUUCUGCCAAAAUUUUUGUUUUUAUUUUUAACUAGCCUAUUUAAAUAAGUCCUUUUGAAAGUUAAAAAAUAUAUUGCUUGUCUUUCCUUUUAUGUGUGAG